AUGUAUUGUAAAGUCUAUUCUGGAGCAACGUACAUUAUAUGGGGAAGAAAACAGUGCCCAAACAAUAAUACAGAACUUGUGUAUUCAGGAUAUGCAGGUGGGGGACAUUACACAGACAAGGGAGCGGCUGUCGAAUACGUAUGUCUACCACCAGACCCAAGUUAUGUUAAGGCUAGUGGCAAGGAUGAAGGCCGAAUGUACGGUGCAGAAUUUUACACUAAUUUUUUUUUUGCUUCUGAUGGUGCAGGUGAAGACGUCCCUUGUGCUCUCUGUCGAACAAAUCAUGCUAACACAGCUGUAAUGACCCCAGGAAAGAAUACAUGUUACAGUGGCUGGGAGGUUGAAUAUCACGGAUAUUUUUCAUCUGGGUAUUAUGGUAAUGACGCUGCUACAACUUAUGUGUGCGUUGACAUAAAGCCAGAGUAUCUUAUAGGAGGAGUGAAUCAAAAUCUUAGUACAUCUGGUCACCACAGAAGAGAAGAGGUUAUUGCUCAAUGA